AUGUCGACAAACAACGUUACCAUUCGUAACGGCGUAGAUCAGAUUCUUCGGACGAGGUUCCUGGACAUAAUCAAGUCCGUUCAGCCGAGUGGACGAUGGAAGCUCGUGGUAGUCGACAGUCUCUCGUUAAAGAUCCUCAAUUCAGCGUGCAAGAUGUAUGACAUUCUCGAAGAAAACGUGAGUGCUCUCGUGGAGAACAUUGAAAAGUCGAGACAGCCGUAUCCAAGCGUAGAAGCAGUUUAUAUCCUGACACCAUGCGAGGAUUCGUGCCGACGUUUGAUUGAUGAUCUUGCUCGUCCCGAAGGUCCAAUGUAUGCAGCCGCUCAUAUCCAUUUCAUCCAAGCUAUGGAGAACGACCUUUUCAAGGAUUUCGUCCGAAGAUUGAGAGAGAACAACGUGAUGGAUUCUGUAAAGAACCUCAAGGACAUGUACAUGGACUUUGUUGUACGCGAGCCAGCUGUUUUCACCUUGGAUGAUGAACAAAAGUUCUUUUCUCUCUUCAACAAUGAUGGUGAUUCCAGUGCAGGAUCGACGAUCUUGGGAGAUGUGGAUGAUAUGGCAAAGCAGCUACUUUGUGUAUGUGUGGCACUGGGUGAAAAUCCAUUGAUUCGUUAUCAUCGUCCAUUGGAUGUUCCUGGCACGAUCAAUCGCAACAUCCCUCUGCAUCUAGCCAAGGCACUUCAAGAUCAGCUCGAUGCCUUUAUGGAAAUCAAUGGCAACUUUCCACCACCCAAAGAUCCACCCAUGCCUCGAGGAACACUCAUUAUUCUUGAUCGCACCAUUGAUCCUGUUGCACCUUUAUUGCACGAAUUCACAUACCAAGCCAUGGUCGCUGAUUUGUUGAAUGUCGAGGAAGCAGCCAGUGGUAUCAAGUACACAUACGAAUACAUCCAAGAAGAUGGCACGACCAAAGAUCAAGAAGCCGCUUUGAAUGAUCAAGACGCUGUCUACACAUCCAUUCGUCAUAUGCACAUUGCCAUCACCACCGAGCAAUUGAUCGAUGACUUUAACAAGUUCAUGGCUGAAAACGCAAGCGGCACUGGAUCAGGACAAGCUUCUGUAAAGAGUUUGCAUGAUAUGAAGAACAUGAUCGCUAAUCUGCCACAAUACCAAGAAAUGAAAACAAAGUUUUCGGCCCAUAUGACGAUCGCUAGCGAUUGUAUGGCAGAAUUCCGUGAUCAAAACUUAGAUGCUAUUGGUCUACUUGAACAAAAUAUGGCUUGUGGUGAGACGCCAGAGCAUCAAGUACCCAAGCAAAUUGUGGAUGAGCUGUUGCCCAUUUUGGAUGAUCCCUAUACCAGCCAAGCCAUUAAGACGCGUCUCAUUAUGAUUUGGUUUGCCACUUGCGACAAGGUGGAUCCUGAUGAACUGGAACUGUUACUGGCACAUGCUCGUCUCGAUAAGAAAUACAAGGAUGCCAUCGACAACUUGUCACUUCUUGGUGUGCAACUCUCAAAGUCAGCAAACAAACAAGGCGAGAAGUCUUCUCGAUGGCACAGAAAGAAACGUGAGAGCGUUGUCAAUCAGCAGCAAGAUGUUCCUUUUGAUUUAUCUCGCUAUGUUCCCAUUGUAAAACGCGUGGUCGAGGGUCAUGUCAAAGAAACGAUUGAUCAAAGCUUGUUCCCAUUACUGCGGAUAGCACGACCUGAAGAUUUGAGACGUGAUCCAACACAAUCACCCAAGGAGAAUUAUCAGCUCCGAGUAUACAAGACACAAUGGCACAAGAAAUCGGUUGGCAAGAAUGCUCAACCCAAGCCAGCUUCGGGUCCUCCUGUCAUUAUCUUUAUUGCCGGUGGUAUGACCUACUCUGAAAUGCGAUCUGCCUAUGAGCUAUCCCAAACAUUUGAUCGCGACGUGUAUAUUGGCUCGACCCAUAUUAUUACACCCGAUCGAUUUGUGGAUGAUCUUUCAGAACUUGACAAACCAGGCCAUCCCCCAAAGGAAGUUGUGCCCCCCUAUACCGGUAGUGUUCACGCUAAAAGUUCACCCUCUUCUCCCAUGCCAAAGACAAAGAGAAAGUAA